AUGAAGUAAUUAUUUUAUAUAUUAUUUGAUGAUUUUUAUUUAAUAAAAUUAAAUAGGAUUUAUUGAGUUUUAUUCUAUAUAAAAAACUAUAGAUUAGGAUUGGGUUCGAGAAUAUUAACUUCUUUUUCAACUUUUUUAUUUAUUUGGAAAUUNUCAAAUUCUUUAAAGCUAAUCACAAAGAUCUGGAUUAAUUGAGAGUUGUGUGUAGUAGUCUUAUCUGUUUUGAUAACCUUGCCGAAUUCUAUAGACAAAUAGAUGUAGAUGAUUCUUCAAAAAUAAUGGAUUAAUUUUCUCAUGAAACUUAUACAUUGAAAUUCUUAAACUACGUACAGUUACAAAGACAAGUUCCUCUAUUAAGAUCUUUGAAUCAUCCAAAUAUUCUUAAAGUCAGAGAAUGCUUCAUGUAUCAUCAACGAACUUAUGUAAUCCUAGAAUUUGUUAGUGGAAUGACUUUAGAAAAUUACAUGGUUAAAAAUCCAAAUCUCAGCCAUCUCUAAUGUUAAUCAAUUAUUGUGGUAAGUCUUAAAGUCUGACAUAAGCAAAUCUUGAGGGCACUAAAAGUCUUACAUGACAAUCACAUUAUUCAUUCUACAAUUCAACCUAAAUUUCUUCUAUUUUAAACUGAUUUGAUCAAAUUUAUAGAAUUUUCUUAAGCUCUCUCAUCAAAAGAAAUCGAUUCUUAAGAUAUAAGAAAUUGUGGAACAAUUCUAUUCUAAUUGGACUCAUAUAUUGUUUAAUAUAUAUUUUUAGAUAUACUGACAAAGUUUAUAAUAAUUAUGAUUAUGCAGAUGUAACUUAAAAACUUUAGAUAAGCUAAACCCCAUAGCAAGCCUAGGAUUUAAUUUUAAAAAUGCUUUUUGACUAAUAAUUUACUGUUUAUUAGUCUUUGGAACAUCCUUACUUUUCAAAUACUUUAAAUUCUCUAGAAAAAAAGAAAAGGUUUCAGAAUUUUCAAAAGGCUUUACGAUCUACUUUUGAAAUCGAUGAAUCAGAAGCUGUUUCAUAAUAUAUACCAGAAUUGCAAAUAAAUAAAAGAAAAUCCCUUUGAAAAUGGUAAUGAUUACAUAUAGAUAAUAUAUUGA